AACCACACUUAGAAUAAGUGCUUUGUUAGCAGCAGUUGUGGAUUUAUUGUUGCGUAUGACAACUUUUGGACUACUUCUGUUUCCAGUUACUGUGCAUCAGCCCUCCUGAAAUACUGUAUUUUGUGUCUUAGUAAGCUUGAUUGUGUAUGAAAAGGAAAAAAAUUUGCGAAUCAUGAUGAAAAUGCACGGACUUUGUGACACAGCAUAUUGGGCGAUUACUUAUAUAUACUGCCUUUUUGUUUCUCUUCUUUUUGUACAAUUCUUUCUCAUUGCUGGCAAGUUAUCAGGUUUAUAUUUCUUCACCAAAAAUGACUACAUUGUACAAUCUAUGUUCUAUUUCGUCCAUGUAAACUGGCAGAUUUCAUUUGCAUUUGUGAUUGCUGCUCUUGUGCCUACAGUGAAGACUGCUCAAGUGAUUUGCUCGACAUUCAUGAUGCUAUGUUGUAUCAUUGCAUUUUAUGUUGUCACAAAAUUUUUUGAAUCUUCUGAUUUUUCAAGUAAAGCCAUAGUCUUAGUUGAGAUGUUUCAUGGGUUUGCACUGUACCGAGGAGUGUACGAAUUCCAAAAAUAUGCUUCAUUUGCUAGGAGUGGUGCUGCUGUUGGAAUACAGUGGAAGAACUUAAAUGACCCAGGAAAUGGGUUGAAAACAGCUAUGACCAUCAUGAUGGUUGAGUGGAAGGUUAUGCUUUUGUUAGCUUAUUAUCUUGACCAGGUUGUAUCCACUGGGAGUGGCAGGACUAAAAGUCCAUUAUUCUUCUUACACUGCUUGAGAAGGAAACCUAAAUUCCCACAGCAAAAUAUGCAGAGAUAUACUUCUCAACUAUCCUCUUCAAAUGAUCAUAAUGAUGUGGCCCAAGAGAGACAAAAGGUAGAACAAUUGAUGCAAGAAGGAAGCACAAGCCACACGGCUAUCUGUGACAAUAUCAAGAAGAUUUACCCAGGAAGAGAUGGAAAUCCAGCAAAGGCUGCAGUUAGAGGGUUGUCUCUUGCUUUAGCAAAGUCAGAGUGCUUUGGCAUGCUUGGUCCUAAUGGUGCAGGAAAAACUUCAUUCAUCAGUAUGAUGAUUGGUCUCACAGAUCCAACUUCAGGCACUGCAUACAUUGAAGGUUUAGACAUAACAACUUCCAUGGAUGAUGUAUACACUUGCAUGGGAGUUUGCCCUCAGUUUGACCUACUGUGGGAGACACUUACUGGAAGGGAGCAUCUAUACUUUUACGGUAGACUUAAGAAUCUUAAAGGUUCUGUAUUGACACGGACAGUUGAAGAGGCUCUCAAAGAUGUUAACUUAUUCCAUGGUGGUAUUGCUGACAAACGUUCUGGCAAAUAUAGUGGAGGCAUGAAGAGAAGGCUCAGUGUUGCAAUUUCACUAAUCGGCGAUCCUAAGAUUGUUUACCUGGAUGAACCAAGUACUGGAUUAGACCCAGCUUCCAGAAAUAGUCUAUGGAAUGUGGUGAAGCAUGCAAAGAAAAAUCGAACAAUUCUUCUCACAACUCAUUCAAUGGAAGAGGCUGAGGCUCUUUGUGAUAGACUAGGAGUCUUCGUUGAUGGUGCUUUGCGCUGUGUAGGAAAUCCAAAAGAGCUGAAGGCUAGAUAUGGAGGUUACUUCAUCUUUACAAUGACUACAGUGCAAGGGAAUGAUACAGAGGUGGAGGACAUGGUACUAAAACUUUGCAACAAUGCUAAUAAAACCUACUAUUUGGGCGGUACUCAAAAAUUUGAGCUGCCCAAGCAUGAAGUCCGCCUAGCUGAUAUAUUCCAGCUUGUUGAGGAUGCCAAAAGUAGGUUUUCUGUUCAGGCUUGGACUCUGGCUGACACCACCCUUGAGGAUGUCUUCAUCAAGGUCACUCGUCAGGCUCAAGCUGUUUCGUCUGAUGAGUAAUUCUUCUUACCAUCUACAUGUUUAAGCUCUAAUUUGACUUCUUUCUUUACAUCUUCAAAUAGAGAAGUAUUAGGUAUCAAUGUUACCAGCUGGUAGUGUAACAUGCUCAGCUAUUUUUCCCUGUUAGGUGUAGUAUUUUUUGUAAUGGUGGUGUUGUAUAUAGCCUAAGUUGUAGUAAAAACAGUUCAUUGGAUGUGACGACAGUUUUGAGCUGCUCCACAUUUAUAGUAACAUAAAACCAAGGUUUUUA